AUGUCUAGUUCAUCUCAAUUAGAAUUUACACUAAAUGCUUCUCUUGGCUCUCUAGAAUUUGGUAAAUCAUUUAUUGAUCAACCACGUGGUAUAGCUUAUCGUAAAUCGGAUGCAUUAUUAUUUAUUGCUGAUUCGAAAAAUGAACGUGUUGUUGCAUUUACAGAAGAUAAUAAAGUUGCUAAAAUUAUAAGUCAUUAUGGAACAAAAAAUGGUUUAGCUAUUAUGAGUAAUGAUCAAGUUGUUAUGAGUGACGAAUUACAAGUAUUAAUAUUAAAUAGUGAUUUACGUUUAAUACGUACAAUAGGUUGUGAUGAUGUUGAUGCUGGUUUAACAAAUUAUCAAGGUAUAUGUGUAGAUAAAAAUGAUCUAAUUUAUGUAUGUGAUCAAGCAAAUCGACAAGUGAAAGUUUAUGAUCCUAAAAGUGGAAGUAUUAUACGAUUUUUUGGUAAUAAAACUUUAUUUAGUUCACUUGCUUAUUGUGCGGCAACAGAUGAACAUAUUUUUGUAACAGAUCCACAAGGUUCAUGUGUUCAUAAAUUUACUCUUGACGGAACAUUUGUUCAGCGUUUUGGUAGUGAAACAUCAUCAAAUUUUUCGCUUCCAUUAUCAAGUCCACGUGGUAUAACUGUACUUCCAGAUACACAUCAUAUAUUAAUUGCUGAUUCACAUAAUGAUCGUUUAGUACUUUUUGAUGAUAAUGGACAAUUUCAAAAAUUAAUUGCAAGUGGUAUUGAAUAUCCGGAAUCAUUAGCAGUUAAUACAAAAGGAGAUGUUUUUGUUGCUAUGCAUGAUCGUAUUGGUAUAUUUACUCAACGAAAAUAA